AUAUUUACACGUCUCUCCUUCCAUUCCCUCUAGUCUCUCAGUUAGUUUGUCGCGGUGAAACAAACCCGCACGAAAGUGGUUGCUUUAACAUAAACAUUGCAAUGAAUUUAGAAAAGUUUAACUUAAGCUGUGACGAUCUUGAACGCAUCAUUCAGCGCUAUUACAACAAUCCGAAAUUAAAAUUCAAAAUCAACUCAUGUAAAGCUAGACCCUUUAGCACAAGUCGCGUCGGAUAUCUUGGUGAUCAUUUCAUUCUGGAACUCGAAACUACGCUUGAAAACGCAACCCAACCAGAAACUGUAGAAGUCUUCCUAAAAUUGCUUCCUGAUAGCAUACCGGAGCUGACCAAAUAUUUGAAUGCGAUUGGAACUUUUCGGAAAGAAGUUCGUCUCUACGAUGUUAUGUUUCCAAAUUUAUCACAAUACGCUAGAUUCGCACCGAAAGUUUAUCUCUCGAAAGAUGACCGAUUGCUGGUGUUUGAAAAUCUAAAUCUGGAAGGUUUUCGAACAAUAAUCAAUACUGCGAGUGGAAUAUUUGAUAAGGCGCACCUGCAGCAAGCGCUUGGUGCACUGGCCAAAUUUCACUGUGCUUCACUCACGCUGGAAACGAAAACCGGUAAAACACUCGAGCAAAUGUUUCCCAAGUUGUUGGAUGAAAACUGCUGGAUUCUGAAAGAUGACAAUCCUCGUGUUAACGAGCUGGAGAAUGCUAUCGAAGUAUUAGCUGAGCUAGUCGAAGUUAUAGAGAAAGAUAACCCGAAACUUAGUGAAAUUCUACUGAAGCUGCCAGACUUCGUUCUGCAAAUUUAUGACCUGGUAAAGCCAUCCCCGAUCUACCGAAACGUUGCCUGUCACGGUGACCUGUGGGGUAGUAACCUGAUGUUUAAAUACUCAGAUGAUGGCCUCCCCGUUGACUGCCUGAUAGUCGAUUAUCAGUUUGCCCGCUACGCACCGCCUGCUUACGAUGUAAACAUGCUGAUUACCCUGACUACUACGGGUGAGUUCCGGAAGCGAAGCUACAAUGAGCUGAUCAACUUCUACUACGAAGCAGUCUGCAGGGAAUUGAUCAAACAUUGUCUAUCACCAGGAGAAAUAUUUUCCCGGACUGAGUUUUUGGAAUCCUGCCGUAGGCAUCGGACAUCCGGACUGAUCGAUAACUUUCUGAUGAAUCAUGUGACCCUACUGCCGCGGAACUGUGUGGACAAAGUGUUCUCAUCCCCGGAGGAAUAUGCCAAUUUCAGUGGUGCGGAUAAGAUUCGUAUGUGUUUGGGAGUAUUAGAAACAGAUGCCACCUACAGAGGUAGAAUUACCGGCAUAAUUAGGGACUUGAUUGAAGCGCUGUAGCUGUAAAGAUGUUGCUGCAAAAGUAUUCUUGGAUUUUUUUUUCAUAGGCUGUUAAACUACUUUUCAUAUUGGUGACCGACGAGUCCAUUUAGUUUUAUUUGAAUAAAAUGAUACUAAAAUUAGAAAAAUA